UGUCGAGACAAAGCUAAAGACCCAAGUGGCCUCAAGAGUCAAGACCAUACGUCAAUAAGUUGAGUUCACUCGUUGGCGAUGGUAGGUGAAAGCUAAGAAACAAGAGAGAUCGAUCGUCUCGAGAGAGUUGGUUCAACGGACUGCAGGCCCUUAUCAGCUAUAUAUAUAUACUCGGCAUGCUCUAAUCCAGCUGCAGGCCGGCCCUCAUCAGCUAGCUACUGCACUCCAUUGCUGAAGAGGACAAGAGCAGGGGUAAUUUGAUCACAACACCUGCUAGACAUCGGUCUGGAUAUAGAUGUUCUAGUUUGUACAACUCCCAUGUGCAGUGCUGCGGGCUAAUAAGACUCCAGAUAAUUAAUAAGAAAAGCUUACGAAUGGCCGAGGCUAUACUCCUUGCUGUGUCAAAGAUUGGGACACUUCUAUUAAAUGAAGCUAUCAUAGCUGUUGUAGAGAAACUGUCGAGGAAGGCACAUAAUCUAAAGGAGCUGCCGGCAAAGGUCAGAAGAAUAGAGAAAGAAUUGAGCAUGAUGAACCAUGUAAUAAAAGAUCUGGAUACAGCACAUGUUAGCAGCAAUGUCAUCAAGAACUGGAUUGCAUGCGUGAGGAAGCUAGCCCACAAUGUUGAGGACGUAAUUGACAAGUACUCCUAUGAGGCUCUUAAACUCAAGGAAGAAGGUUUCCUAAGCAAGUACAUUGGUAGGGGAGGCCAUAUCAAUACAUUCAAUAAAAUUGCUGAUGAAGUUGUACAGAUAGAGGAGGAGAUUAAGCAGGUCAAAGACCUGCAGAAUUAUUGGAGCAAUACAUCCCAACCCAUUAAGAGGGAGCAUGCAGAUAUUGGUAGGCAGCGAUCUGGAGGCUGCUUUCCAGAACUUGUUAAAGAUGAUGAUCUUGUGGGGAUUGAAGAAAACAGGAGCAAGUUGACUGAAUGGCUAGGCACCGAUGAAGGAGAAAGCACGGUGAUAACAGUGUCUGGCAUGGGAGGCUUGGGAAAAACCACCCUAGUAAAAAAUGUGUACGAUCGGGAGAAAGCCAACUUCCCUGAUGCUCAUGCUUGGAUCGUGGUCUCACAGACAUAUGGUGUGGGAGAUUUGCUAGAGACAUUGUUGAGGAAGAUAGAUCACACAAAACAGCCUGUUAACACUGGUGCCAAAGAUGAUGAUUAUGAGUUAACAGAGGCAAUAAAAAAGAUACUCCAAGGCAGGAAAUGCUUGAUCGUGCUGGAUGAUGUAUGGGACAGGAAGGCAUAUACUCAGAUAUGCAGUGCUUUCCAUGGUGUCCAAGGAAGCCGUGUUAUUAUCACAACACGUAAAGAAGAUGUUGCAACUCUUGCUCUGCCGACCCGUCGUCUGCUAGUCCAGCCUUUGGGUAGCACCGAGUCAUUCAACCUGUUCUGCAAAAAGGCUUUUCACAACUAUCCUGAUCGCAAGUGCCCUCCAGAGCUUCAGAACGUAGCUACUGCUGUAGUUAGAAGGUGUCAUGGCCUGCCAUUAGCCAUUGUAUCUGCUGGCAGCCUGUUGUCCACCAAGCAGCCAACAGACCAUGCCUGGUGUCUAACGUACAAUCAUCUUCAGAGCGAGCUGCGUGAAAAUAACGAUGUCCAAGCAAUACUUAAUCUGAGUUACCAUGACUUACCAGGUGAUCUCAGAAACUGCUUCCUGUAUUGCAGCAUGUUUCCUGAGGACUAUGCCAUCUCACGAGAGAGCCUUGUGCGGCUGUGGGUUGCUGAAGGCUUUGCUCUGAAGAGAGAUAAUAGCACACCGGAGGAAGUGGCCGAGAGAAAUCUCAUAGAACUCAUUGGCCGGAAUAUGUUGGAAGUUGUGGACAGAGAUGAGCUCAACAGGGUUAGUACCUGUAGGAUGCAUGACAUUGUCCGAGACCUUGCUCUUGCUAUUGCUAAAGAGGAGCGGUUUGGCACCGCGAAUGAUCAGGGCAAAAUGAUACGCAUGGAUAAAGAAGUUCGCCGUUUCUCGACAUGUGGCUGGAAAGACAGUAGGAGGGAAGCAGUAGGAGUGGAAUUUCCACGCCUUCGAACAAUACUCUCAUUGGGAGCAGCUUCGUCCUCCACCAACAUGGUUUCCUCAAUUCUGUCUGGAUCCAGCUACCUUACUGUUCUCGAGCUGCAAGACUCUGCAAUCAGCACACUGCCUGCAUCCAUAGGGAAUCUGUUCAACCUCCGCUACAUUGGCUUAAGGCGCACCCAUGUUAAGUCACUCCCAGACAGUAUUGAGAAGCUCUCCAACCUACAGACACUAGACAUCAAGCAAACAAAAAUAGAGAAGCUGCCACCAGGAAUUGUAAAGGUCGACAAGCUACGACACCUUCUAGCCGACAGGUAUACUGAUGAGAAGCAAACAGAGUUCCGGUACUUCGUCGGCGUGGAAGCACCUAAAGGUAUAUCCAACUUGGGAGAACUACAGACUCUUGAGACCGUCCAGGCAAGCAAGGACUUGUCCGUGCACCUGAAGAAAAUGAACAAGCUGCAAAAUGUGUGGAUUGAUAAUAUCAGUGCUGCUGACUGUGAAGACCUUUUCUCUGCCCUGUCAGAUAUGCCCCUACUUUCCAGCUUGCUUCUCAAUGCAUGUGAUGAGAAGGAGACACUUUCUUUCGAAGCCCUCAAGCCAAUUUCCAUGAAGCUCCACAGACUAAUUGUCAGAGGUGGUUGGACUGAUGGGACACUCAAGUGCCCAAUAUUUCAAGGACAUGGGAAGUAUCUCAAGUAUCUGGCUCUCAGUUGGUGCGACCUUGGGAGAGAAGACCCACUGCAGUUGCUGGCGUCUCAUGUGCCAGAUCUUACCUAUCUUAGUCUUAACAGGGUGAGUAGUGCUGUUGCAUUGGUUCUUUAUGCUGGGUGCUUUCCACAGCUGAAGACACUUGUCUUGAAGCGCAUGCCUGAUGUCAAGCAGUUGGUGAUUGAAAAGGAUGCCAUCCCGUGCAUUGAUGGUAUCUAUAUCAUGUCGCUCGUGGGGCUCCAUAUGGUCCCUCAAGGCAUCGUAUCCCUUAAAUCACUGAAGAAGCUCUGGCUGCUUGAUUUGCACAAGGACUUCAAGACUGAAUGGACUUUGUGCCAGAUGCGUAACAAGAUGAAGCAUGUUCCAGAGCUCCGUGACUAAGCUAUGUGCGGCAGACAAGCAGCUUCCUGCAACAAUCAAUAUCCAUAUAUACGUUAUCGGUGUGCAUGAAUUUAUUUGUAAUAAUGCAUAUGCUAUUGAUAUAGCAUCAGAGCACUUAUUUUGUUUGUGAAUGCAUUGUUUCUUGUAUUUUUCGUGUUUUGCGAGUAAUGGCAUACUGGACUUGGCUUUGCUUCGCUCUAGGUAAAACGUUCCUAGACAUUCCCAUGCAGCCCUACUUUGUCAUCUCAACAUAUUCUUUUCUACAGAACUUUCAAAGAUUAA